UACAUUUGCAGGAUAAAGAAAUCCGUGCAAUUUUUAUGCGUCUGUUCGCUCAAAUAUUUUCAGGGUACAGAUCAUGUUUAAAAGUCAUUCGUAUUCAUCCUAAACCGGUCAUCACAUUUCAUAAGGGAACAUUUAUGGAAAAAAGAGGAGUUUUUGGAGAUGAUUUUUUUAACAAGGUUUUAGAUAGCAUCAGUUUUAACCAGUUAAUAACUGAUCGAGGUCCUCCGCACCGAACAUGUGAUCUAUUUGACGAGCUUGUAGCAAGCAUUGAUGAAACUUUGAAAAGUGAAUUGGGUCUCGACGCUGAAAUAACGUCGAAUGUUCAACAGAUUGCCAAACGGCUGUAUGAUAGCGAGUCUAAUUGUUCCCGAGAAGAUGACAUGCCACCUUUAAUACCAAAUAUAAAAGACGACCCACCAUCUACAUUCCCCAUGCUUGAUUCCUCUGUUAUUGAAAAGUAUUUGGUAGACGACCAAGAUCACAGUAACUCUGCAACGUGCAAGACAACCCAGUUAUCGUAUGACAAAGUUCCGUAUGGGUCAGGAGAGUUUAGUUUUCAAACCCGGCAUUAUAUCAAUAUUCGAAAGUUAGAAGUAUUGCACGACUGCGUGGCGUAUAUAUUUGAAAACAAGAUAUCAGAGGCGCGAAAGGCACUUCCAUCGGUCCAAAGAGCUUUAAAAUCAAGAGGAGCGCAGUUGGCGUUAUGCCAAGAGCUGGCAGCACGUUCGGAACAGCAUAGAGCUGUGCUUGAACAUGAUCAAUUUAAUCUUGUUAUUACGUUGAUGAACUGUGCGUUACAGGAUGAUGCAAGCUUGAACGAUGGUGCUGUUGCCUCCGCUUUGCUUCCAUUAACGUCGGAAUUUUGUCGAAAUUUGGCGCCCGGGGUAAUGCAGUUUGCUUAUACCUGUGUUCAAGACCAUCCAAUCUGGCAGAAUGCUCAAUUUUGGGAAGAAACUUUCUUUAGUGACGUGCAAACAGAUAUAAAGAAGCUGUAUGAUGGUUCGAAUAAUAAGAAGAGACAAUCGUCAGAUAAGUUAUUCGCGAAUAAUGCAGGCUUGUUUGAACGCCUUUCAACGCCACGUACGUCAAGGACUAGUAUGACACAGCACCUUCACAGUCCACCAGUGCAUAAACAUGAUGUUGUUGUGAUUACACAGUCGGGUGUUUAUCAACAGGAAAACAUUGAUCGGGAAUUGGGAGUGAAUAACGAAGCUCUAGAUAUCGCUGCUACACAGAUGCGCAACUGGGAUUCAUUUUCCGAGGAGGUACAAAAAACAAAUGUUACAAAUGAAGAAAGUAUCGUGUUUAGUCAGGCAAUUCAUUUCGUCAACCGUAUGGUAUACCUUAUGAUACCUUUAAAUGUUUCACAACUGGUCAAACCAAAGAGAAGACGCAUUCAGGAAACUGUACACGAAAACGCUGGGGCUCCAAAAGAUAAUAUUGAUGGAUCUUUGGCUAAUACUAGCAUUGGAUCAGACAGUCGGAGUAACGUUGCUAGAGUCGGCCAAAGUACUAAUGGGUCCGUUGUUGAUGUAACAGAUUCUGGCACAGCCCAAGGCAGUGUAUAUGGUGAUGUACAUAACAGUGAUCACUGGGAUGAAGAAGAGGAUGAUGGCACUAUCACUAACGAAGUGACACGAUUUGUUAUUCGAUUUGUCGAUCGGGUCGGAACUGCUGCUGGUAUAUCCACAGAACACCUGAAGUCGUUGUACAGUUUGGUACCAAGUGUGGUAACUAUGCACACGGAAUCGUUGGAACCAGUUUACAGAGAGCAUAAGCAACUUGCGCCAAUUCGAAAGGCGAAAAUAAUCAGACCAGUGAUGUUACCUUAUGAGGAGAUGCAAAUGGAUGGACUACGGUGUUAUUUGAUUCCCGAUGGUCGGGAAACCGGGACUGGUCAACAUUAUGGUGGACCAUGUCUGUUUCCUGCGGAGGGAGCUGUUUUUCUUACAAAUUACAGGAUAAUCUUUAAAGGGACUCCUGUUGAUGAGUUUGCUUCAGAGAUGGUUGUCACUCGAAGCUUUCCACUUGGAUCUCUCGUUAGAGAGAAGAAACUUGCUGCUCAAUAUAUACAACAUUUGAAUUCGUGGAUGGGAGAAUGUGUUCAGUUACGUUCUGUAACAUUUCAGAUGUUAAAACUUUGUUUUGACGAAGAAGUAGGUGCAGAAAAGGUCGAAGCAUUUCGCAAAACUAUAAUCAAACUUCGCUAUCCUCCGUCCGUUUUAAGCACUUUCUCCUUUAAAACGAGUGAUAAGAAACAGCCGGUGAAGGUUGUGCGCUUACAACUACCGCCGAAUGAUCACCAAGUAGCUGAACCCAAGAAAAUGAAACCUCGGGCAAGUAAUGUGGCUGUGAAAAGAGAAAGUGGAAUUAGACAUUUUAAAGGUUCGAUAAAAAGAGUACGAAAUCGAAAUGGCUUGUCUUCACCUAGACCAGGUCGCAAAAGAAAUUUAUCUUCUGAUGGCUCAAUGGAAAAUAUAUCUGAUGGGCAGGUUGAUCUUUCUGAUAUUCCGAUAUCCCUACCUAAUGAAACGGUUCCUCCAAUCGACAAACUGAACUCGACUCCUUAUUGUAAAGAAUAUGUACGCCUUGGUUUUGGCUCGUUACUAAAUGACUCAAACAGUAAGAGUAUGCCUUGGAGAAUAUCAGUGGUCAACCUCCAAUACGUUUGUAGAAGUUACCCGGCUGUUUUGGUCGUUCCUCAUCAAGUCUCAGACGAUUCCAUACUACGAGUGGCAAAAAACCAUCGUCAGAUGCGCUUUCCGGUUGCUACGUGGAGAAAUAAGACAAAUAGUGCUGUUUUGUUGAGGUCAUCCGCGAUUGAAAGAAGUUCCGUUGCUUCCAUCAUCCGCACUGGAGUUGCCGCAAGCGGUGGAAGUACGGACGCCAUUCGUUCUUCAAAUGUGGAACAAGACAAGUAUUUGGCUGCUGUUGUCGCUGCAACUCCUGUAUCAAAAAAUAAGGCGGCUGCUAAACAACAAUCACUUGCAUCAAAUGCAAACAUGUCAAGUGCUACUCUGGAUAUGAGAGAUCUAAGUGAUAAGGAUUUAAAACGUGUUUCAGCAGUCGAUACCAUUGACAAAGCAAUGAUUACACAAGGCUGGGAACCAGCAGCCUUGUAUGUUUUUUGCGAUAAGAACAAUUUGAAGAGCUUAAAGAAAGAAGCUUAUCCUAAAAUUGAGUUCGUGCCAGCUGAGUUGCCCGAUUUGCGGGACAUGAAAACAAGCUUGAAGAAAUUAUUUAAAGUGUGCUGUCCAAGUGGCCCACCAAGGGACUCCGCGCAGGGUGAAACGUUUUUGAAAGCUUUGCAAGAAAGCGAAUGGUUCAAUCAGUUGUCGCUUACAUUGCGUAUUUCCGGUGCUGUUGUUGAUCUACUUGACAUUCAAGGUUCAUCCGUGUUGAUCGCGUUUGAAGAUGGAUGGGAUAAUACGUCACAAAUAACGUCUCUCGCACAAGUAAUGUUAGAUCCCAAGUACAGAACAAUUAACGGCUUUAAAAUUGAUUGA